AUGUUGGGAAAGGACGAGAAGCCUGUCCAGGGUGCCGCCGUCCUCGUCACUGACAUGGACGAUGAGCUUUCUCAGGGUAUCGACGAGAUUGAUGUUGAGAAGCUCGGAAGACAGCGUCCUGCAGCUUUCUCUUCUACCUUCAAAGAGGUUGCCUUUGUCAUCUGCGUCCUGGGCUCCCUUUCCAUGGCGGACUUCAUCAUUAGCGGUUUCCAAGUCGUUUUACCCAAUCUGAUCGAGCCACUGGACAUCCCCCCUGAGGCGCAAACAUGGCCCUCAAGCGUCCUGACGUUGGUUGCCGGCGCAUUCCUGUUUCCUCUUGGGCGCCUGGCAGACAUGUACGGCGGCUACCUUCUCUUUAACGGAGGCGUGGUGUGGUGCUCGGUGUGGUCCAUCAUUGGUGGCUUCACUCGCAACUUCAUCAUGCUUGUCAUCUGCCGUGCCAUGCUGGGCCUCGGGGCUGCGGCGUUCCUCCCUGCCGGCAUUUCUUUGCUGGGCCGGAUCUACAGACCGGGUCCGAGGAAGAACAUCGUCUUUAGUCUUUAUGGCGCGCUUGCACCGCUGGGCUUCUUUGCUGGCAUCAUUGUCGGCGGCAUGGCUCAGGACCUGCUGUCCUGGCGGUGGUUUUUCUGGCUUGGUGGCAUUAUCUCUGCCGUCUUUGCUGUCGGGACCAUUCUGACUGCCCCCCGUGACUAUGAAGAGGCACGCAAGAUGAACGUCAAGAUGGACUGGUGGGGAGUUUUCACGACUGUGCCUGGUCUGAUGUUGCUGAUUUACGCGUUGACCGACAGCGCCAACGCUCCCCAUGGAUGGGCAUCACCCCGGAUUCUGGUGACCCUUAUUCUCGGCCUCAUUUUCCUCGGUGCCGCUGUGUAUGUCGAAGGCUGGGUCGCGGAGGCACCGCUUAUUCCGGCCGACAUCUUCCGCGUCAAGUGCAUGAAGAGAAUGCUCCUGUGUCUAUUCAUUACAUGGGGAGUCUUUAACAUCUAUCUCUUUUAUGCCAACUUCUACAUCGAGACCAUCUUGGACAAGUCGCCCCUGCUGACUGCGACCUACUUUGCCCCAUGGGCUGCGGGCGGUCUUGUAUUAGCUACGACAAGUGGCCUCAUCCUGCACCUCCUCUCUGGCAAGGUGCUCAUUGUUGCCUCCGGCGUCUCCAAGAUUAUUGCCGUGCUCAUGUUCGCCAUCAUGCCCGACAACCCAAACUACUGGGCAUGGAUCUUUCCCGCCAUGCUCUGCGAGGCCGCUUGCGUCGACGUCUUGUGGACGGUGAGCAACGUCUUCCUGACGACCAGCCUGCCAAAGAACCGCCAAGGGCUUGCCGGUGCGCUCAUUAGCGUGAUGCUCUUCCUCGGCGGCGCCUUUUUCCUGGCGAUUGCCGACGUGGCGAAGCAGCAGUUUGUGCUCAACGGCAUGGACCUCAAGCAUCAGUACAAGAAUGUGUUUUGGAUCGGUGUCGGACUGGCCGGAGUGGCGCUCAUUAUCUGCAUCUUUAUGGACCUGGACAAGGCCGGAGGCGCUCUCACGGUGGAUGAGAAGGCGCUGCGGAAGAUGAGCAACGCGUCGUCGGAAAUGGAGUCUGAUGGGGAGUCUGCGCUGGGAGGCGUUCGGACUCGGGAGCAGGGGCAGGACACCAAGCAUUCUGCUUGA